AUGUCGACUACUACCACCCUCAAGGGUCAACCCCUUGAUCGCCAGGUGCUCGAUUCCAUGUUGAGGCGGCGCAUGUUCUAUACCCCUUCUUUCGAAAUCUACAAUGGAAUCGCUGGUCUAUAUGAUUAUGGCCCUCCCGGGUGCGCUCUACAGGCAAACGUUAUCGACUUAUGGCGCAAGCAUUUUGUCUUGGAGGAAGAUAUGUUGGAAUUAGAUUGCACGGCAUUGACUCCAGCUGAAGUUCUUCAAACCAGUGGCCAUGUGGACAAGUUUGCAGAUUGGAUGUGCAAGGACCCUAAGAACGGCGAUAUUUUACGAGCGGACCAUUUCGUUGAAGAUAUACUAGAGUCGAGAUUAAGAGGUGACAAAGAGGCUAGAGGUGUCAAGAUUGUGGAAGAAGAAGAGGACCCAUCAAAAAAGAAAAAGAAGAAGAAGACCAAGGGAAUUGAAGCUGUGAAACUCGAUGAUGCAGUUGUUCAGGAAUACGGGGAAAUCUUGGCUAAGAUUGAUAACUACAACGGCGAAGAGCUCGGUCAAUUGAUCAAAAAGUACGAUAUGAAGAACCCAGAGACUGGUAUGGAGCCUUCCGCGCCAGUAGCCUUCAAUCUCAUGUUCCAGACUUCGAUUGGCCCAAGCAGUAACACACCAGGUUAUUUACGACCGGAAACUGCUCAAGGCCAAUUCGUUAACUUCGCCAAGCUUCUCGAGUACAACCAACAGCAAAUGCCAUUUGCUUCGGCUUCUAUCGGCAAGUCUUACAGAAACGAAAUCUCUCCUCGUGGUGGUUUAUUGAGAGUUCGAGAAUUCUUGAUGGCUGAGAUUGAGCAUUUCGUCGACCCUGAAGGUGGCAAGAAACACGACCGCUUCAACGAUGUCAAAGAUGUCGAGCUUGUUUUAUUGAAUCGUCAUACUCAAUUGGCUGGUAAAACCGAUGUUGAGAAGAUGUCUAUCGGCAAGGCUGUUGCAAAUGGCACUGUCGAUAAUGAGACUCUUGGCUACUUUUUGGCACGCAUUCAACUCUUCCUGGCCAAAAUUGGUGUAGAUCAAUCUAAAGUAAGGUUCAGACAGCACAUGGCCAACGAAAUGGCCCAUUAUGCUGCAGAUUGCUGGGAUGCUGAAUUACAUACUAGCUCUGGGUGGGUGGAGUGUGUUGGCUGUGCAGAUAGAAGCGCUUAUGAUCUCAGCGUGCACGCAAAGAAGACUGGUGCCCCAUUAAUGGUCCGUCAAAGACUAGAUACUCCAAUCAGUAUCGAGGAAUGGCAAAUUGAUCUCGAAAAGAAGAAGUUUGGUCCCAAAUUCAAGAAGGAUGGUAAGGCAGUUGAGACUGCUAUCGAGGCUCUGUCGCAAGAAAAGCGAGAGACCCUUGCACAAGAACUCAAGGACAAUGGAAAGAUCGUUGUUGAGGUCGAUGGAAUCGCUGACGGUAAGGCCGAAGUUGGUGACGAUCUCAUCAAGAUUGAACGCAGAACCCGGGUUGAAAACACGAGAGAAUACACUCCAAAUGUAAUUGAACCUUCAUUUGGUAUUGGUAGAAUCUUGUACGCCUUGAUGGAGCACAACUACUGGACUCGUGGCAGUGAUGGUGGCGAUGAAGCACGCGGUGUUCUUUCCUUUCCACCAAUUGUUGCGCCCACUAAAGUACUGCUCGUCCCUCUCUCUUCUCACGAGAGUUUCAAACCUUUCCUGAAGCAAAUCUCACAUAAACUUCGAUCUAUGGGUGUCUCUAGCCGUAUUGAUGAUUCUUCGGCGUCUAUUGGUAAGCGUUAUAGUCGAAACGAUGAACUUGGUACUCCUCUUGGUAUCACGGUUGACUUCCAAAGUGUCAACGAUAGUACAUUCACUUUGAGAGAUAGAGAUUCCACCAAACAAGUCCGAGCACCCGAGGAAAAGAUUCUUGUGGCUAUUAAAGAGUUGGUCGACGGCACCAAGGUCUGGGCAGAUAUCGAGAAAGAACUGCCAAUCUUCGAGGGUCAAGAGGUUGAGCUCCUUGUUCGUUAA